GGAAUGCGGCUCUGUCCCGGCAUCUUGCUGUAAGUGGAGGAGGGGGAUAGCUGCAGGAGAUCGCGGACUAACACCGCAGCACCAGAAACAGCACAAAUAGUACAACAAAUGGCAUUAGAGUCAUCCGUAGCACAAGGAAGACUGGAAACUCUACAGAUCUACAAACUUCUUCAGUGCGUCCGAGAGCAAGACAAAGAACAGAUCGAAAAACUCACCAAAUGUGGUGUCCCGAACCUGAUAAACCUCACUGAACCCAACAAUGGAGAUGGCGUUCUACACCUGGUUGCUGUGGCUAAUAACGUGGACAUGUGUCAUUUCUUGCUUAACCUCGGAGCCCAUCCUAAUAUGCAGGACUUAAAGGGAUGUACACCAGCUAUGAAGGCUACAGAGUUAGGUCAUGACUUAGUCCUGGAGGUUCUACUGGAGGCUCAAGCUGAUAUGACCAUUGCGAAUAAUGAAGGAAAAGGGGUUUUAUUUUACUGCAUUUCUCCGACUAAGAGACAUCUACGUUGCUUUCUGCUAGCAUUGGCCUCUGGAGCUGAUGUCAAUAACACAUCGGCGGAAGGAAUACCGGUGCUGCUGGCCGCGUGUGAACAGGCGCAAGAUUGUAAAGAAAUGUGUCUAAGAUUAUUGGAGAAGGGUGCGGAUCCCAAUGCAUGUAAUCCGAAAACAGGUCGCACGGCUUUGAUGGAAGCAGCAAGAGAAGGAGCCGUGGAAGUUGUCCGCAGUGUAUUAGAGAAAGGCGGAGAUGUGAAUGCUAUUGAUAACCAGCGAUAUCAUGCCGUCCAUUUUGCUGCUAAGGGUGGAUUUUUUGAGAUCUUGAAGGUUCUGUCUGCAUACAAAGGUGACAUGGGAAUUAUAGCAAUGGAUGGGAACACAGCUCUUCACCAUGCAGCCAGUGGUGGCUUCGCCGAUUGCUGCAAGUUCCUUGGACAAAGAGGUUGUGAUCCUACCUGGAAAAAUAUAAAAACCCUGACACCUAAAGCCAUUGCCAAAGAAGGUGGAUUCAAAGCGGCAAUGAAAGAAAUAGGAAAAGCAAUGCGUCAAUUUAAAAAAUACUCCAAGCCAAAUGUAAAAAAUCCCAACCCACCAUGGGCUCUUACAUUGCAUGAUUGGUCAUUUGAGCACCAGUUGGCCCUUCGAGAAUCUUUUGCUGCGUUGGAUAAAGGAGAAGGUACUGUACUCUCAAGGGAGGAUUUUAUGGAAGUCCUAACAGAGAAAGGAGCUCCAGUGACCACCGAACAAAUGGAGAGUAUUGUUCAUCUUCAUGAAAAAGGUAGAGGUGGAAGCAUCAGUCCUGAGGAUUUUUUGAAAGGGUCAAAGUACCUACAAAAAGCUUUUAUACUAUCCUCCUAUGGACCAAAAAAGAAAAAGAAAGGAAAGAAAGGGAAGAAAGGAAAAAAAGGAAAGCUUACACUACCGAUGCCAAUAUGUACAAUGCCAGGUCACCUAAUCUCACGUAGGGAAGAUGGUGGACCACCCGACUUUAUGAUUGAAGCUUGCCAUAAUGUUACUGAUGUCAACCGAUUUGAUGGUGACCACCCACCCCAGAACCCACUGACAGAUGAUACUGCCUGGUAUGUGGAUGACCAGGAAAAAGUGUAUACUCACAUAAACCUUGCCUCCAAAGCUGGAGACCUUGAGUCCUUGAAGAGGGCCUUUGAAGAGGGUGUAUCAGUGGAUGUGAAAGAUAUCUUUUAUAAAACACCCCUAAUAUCUGCCUGUGCUUAUGGGAAUAUGGAGGCUGUCCGAUUCCUUCUGGAGAAAGGUGCUGACGUCAAUACAAGCGAUAACUUCAUGUGGACCCCGCUUCAUCAUGCUUGUCACGCCGGCCAGAGUGACAUUGCUGAACUGCUGCUACAACAUGGAGCCAGGAUAGAUGCCGUCGCCCUGAAUGGAUCCACACCACUUAUGAGAGCCGUGGAAAGUGGAAGUCUGGACUGCGUUCAGUCGUUAAUGAAAUCCGGAGCAAAGGUGCAGAUUGAGAACAAGAAAGGACAAAAUGUUCUUGAUGUGGCAAAAGCAUAUGCCGAUUAUAGACUGAUUGACUUGAUUCAGGCCAAACUGGACAGCUUGCCAAAACCAAAAGAAAAGAAAGGGGGCAAGAGGAGAGGUAGAAUGGAAGGCAAAUCGAAAGCAUUGUCUAAGCCACAAACCCCUGCAGUCCCAGAGGUCAUGUCUGCGAAGCGAGAGUUAUCAAAGCCUUCAGAGGUUCUGCUUCCAAGAAAGGAGAAGAGCGCCAUGGUUCAGCUCAAUAAUCUUAUCACGCUGGAAGAAGCAAAGAAAGUUGAUAUAACGUUUGUACCAAAAACAGUUUGGAUUACUGAGCCGUCAACAUCAGAUGGUAUCCGGAAGAGAGAAACUCAGAGGGAGCGAUUUACAUAUGAAGUUGAUUUUGAAAACUUCAAGAUGCCGUUCAGCAAGAAUUUAGUGGAGAAAUCUUUGGCGCUGCUAGUGGAAUAG